AUGUCUGAGCGAGGCCAAUUCCGAGGCGGACGAGGCGGUGGACGCGGCGGCGACCGCGGGGGAAGAGGUGGAGGCCGUGGAGGCGCACAGAGCGGAGGUGCGGCGGGACAGACUGAGCGACCAAAGAAGGAGAAUAUCCUUGACUUGAGCAAGUACAUGGACAAGCAGCUCACUGUCAAGUUCAGCGGCGGACGGGAAGAGAGGAAGACGAACGGCGUCAUGGUCGCAAUGUUUGCGCUUGGCAAUCGCAAGAUUUUAUGGAAGGAGCGACACCCACUGACGCAUCCCCCAGUCAUUGGCACGCUCAAAGGCUACGAUCAGCUCAUGAACCUCGUACUCGACGAAGUCAAAGAAGCCCUCACCGACGACGAAGGCAACAUCCGCUACCGCAAACUCGGUCUCAUAGUCGCACGCGGCACCUUACUCGUGGUCAUCUCCCCGGUUGACGGAAGCGAAGAGAUUGCGAACCCCUUCAUGCAGGAAGAGGAGUGA